AUGGAUUCCGCUCCCGCCCCUCAGGAUGGCCCUGCACCACAACGGAGAAAUCGAGCCCCAACGAUCACCAUAGACCCGUCUGCCACCGGUGUUGACAACACGAGCACCGCACCAGUCAUGGCACAGAAUCCCCAGGAUGACCUCCCCAACUCGCCCACUCCUCUCGCAGAUGAAGAAGUCAGCCCGACGACAGUACCCGAAGGCACCGGUGCUCCUUGGUCAGGACCACUGGAGAAGCCCGCAAAGCCGAAGCUUCGAGCCGAUACGUCUUUCGACGCCAAGGACAGCAGCAGACCUCUGAGCCCGCAUAAUAUAUCGAGUCCAGUUGCCACCUUGAGGGGAAACGACCGCGCCUUCUUGGCCGUACCCAGCAAUUUGCGCUCAAGACAGAACUCUAUCGACUCUGACGACAUGUCUUCCCAGGGUGAGACUAUCGCCGUUCUGAGCCAGUCGACCGAAAAGACCACGAAGCUCAGUCCCAUGUCCAACGACAAGAUUAUGAACGACGAGACCGCCCUCCGACCCGACAAGGGGAGCGAGGGUGAUUUUAAUGUGGAAAACAACCCCUUCGCCUUUACCCCUGGUCAGCUCAACAAGAUGUUCAACCCCAAAAGUCUUGCUGCGUAUUAUGCGCUUGGGGGCCUGGCAGGUAUCGAAAAGGGCCUCCGAAGUGAUCGCAAGGCUGGCUUGAGUUUGGACGAGGUACAUCUCGACGGGCGAGUCUCCUUCGGCGAGGUGACAGGCCACACUAGUUCCUCUGGCGAUUUCAAGGAGAGCGAAACACCGGCAACCCCUGCGAGGCAGAACACCGGCCAUCACAACAAGCACGGCGACAGCGGCUUCUCCGACCGGAAGCGCGUUUUCAGGGAUAACCGAAUCCCUGAGAAGAAGGGCAAGACUCUUCUUCAACUGAUGUGGAUCACCUAUCAAGACAAAGUUCUCAUGCUCUUGACCGCUGCCGCGGUUGUUUCACUUGCCAUUGGCAUCUAUCAAACGGUGGGUUUGCCGCACGCGCCGGACGAGCCAAAGGUCGAGUGGGUUGAGGGUGUUGCUAUCGUUGUCGCCAUCGCCAUCGUCGUCAUCGUGGGAUCCCUCAAUGAUUACAGCAAGGAAAGGCAAUUCGCCAAGCUAAACAAGAGGAAGAAAGACCGCAAUGUCAAGGUUGUCCGCUCGGGUAAGACGAUUGAACUUUCCGUUCAUGAACUUUUGGCUGGAGACGUCAUUCAUCUCGAACCGGGCGACCUCAUCCCCGUCGACGGAAUUCUCAUUGAGGGCUUCAACGUCAAGUGUGACGAGUCCCAGGCUACCGGAGAGUCGGAUAUCAUUAAGAAACGGAAUGGUGAAGAGGUCUUCAAUGCCAUCCAGAACGGCGACGAUCCCAAGAAGUUAGACCCCUUUAUCCAGUCCGGUGCUAGAAUCAUGGAGGGCGUCGGUACUUUCAUGGUCACCUCAACAGGCAUUCACUCUUCGUUCGGAAAGACUCUCAUGGCGCUGGACGAGGACCCCGAGGUUACCCCGCUGCAGUCAAAGCUUAACACUAUUGCCGAAUAUAUCGCCAAACUCGGAGGUGCUGCUGGCCUGCUGCUCUUCAUCGUCCUGUUCAUCGAAUUCCUGGUUAGACUUCCGAAGCAGCCGGCCUCCGUCACUCCAGCCCAAAAAGGCCAGGACUUCAUCAACAUCGUUAUCACCGUUGUCACCAUCAUCGUUGUGGCUGUGCCGGAGGGGCUUCCUCUUGCCGUUACACUGGCUCUGUCGUUUGCCACGAGACGCAUGUUGAAGGACCAGAACCUUGUCAGACACCUGAAGGCAUGCGAGGUCAUGGGCAACGCCAACACCAUCUGUUCGGACAAGACUGGAACCCUGACUCAGAACAAGAUGCAGGUCGUUGCUGGCACAAUCGGCACCACGCACCGUUUCGGCGGGCAGCGGCCUUCUAACCUGAGCGGUGAGGUCGACGCCACUCUGGAUGGCUCUGAUGACAUUUCAAUCGCCGAGUUCGCCAAGAUGCUCAGCGCGCCGGUUAAGGAUAUUCUCGUCAAGUCCAUUUCGAUCAACUCGACGGCGUUCGAGGGCGAUGUUGACGGCGAGAAGACAUAUGUCGGAUCGAAGACCGAGACAGCCUUGCUUCUCCUAGCCCGUGACUACCUCGGUAUGCGCCCCGUCGCCGAGGAACGCGAGAACGCCAAGAUCCUUCAACUUAUCCCAUUCGACUCUGGCCGCAAAUGCAUGGGCGUGGUUGUCCAGCUUCCGGACGGACGCGCAAGAGUCUAUGUCAAGGGUGCCUCUGAGAUUGUUCUUGGAAAGUGUACCCAGAUCUUCCGUGACCCCUCACAGGAUGCUGCGCUCGCGCAGAUGACGGAGCCAAACUUUCAAACGAUCACCACCCUCAUCAACACCUACGCUUCUAGAUCGCUUCGGACUAUUGGGCUUGCCUACAGAGACUUUGAGCAGUGGCCCCCUCGCAAUGCCCGCCGUGUCGACGGGGGCGAGAACGUCGACUUCGACUUCAUGUUCCAAUCCAUGGCUUUUGUCGGGAUGGUGGGAAUCCAAGACCCCUUGCGUGAGGGGGUUCCCGAAGCCGUCAGGCUUUGCCAAAAAGCGGGUGUUAUGGUUCGCAUGGUUACUGGGGACAACAAGCUCACCGCCGAGGCCAUCGCCAGAGAGUGCGGGAUUCUGCAGCCCAACGGUAUCGUCAUGGAAGGCCCCGAAUUUCGCAAUUUGACCAGGUCUGAGCAAGAGGCUAUCAUCCCAAGACUCUGCGUUCUUGCUCGCUCCAGCCCUGAGGACAAGCGCAUUUUGGUCAAGCGUCUCAAGGCCAAGGGGGACAUUGUUGCCGUGACCGGUGAUGGAACUAACGAUGCUCCUGCCCUCAAGACGGCCGACGUUGGCUUCUCCAUGGGUAUUGCCGGUACCGAAGUUGCCAAGGAAGCAUCGUCGAUCAUCCUCAUGGACGACAAUUUCAACUCUAUUGUCAAGGCCUUGAAAUGGGGGCGUGCCGUCAACGACGCCGUCAAACGGUUCCUUCAAUUCCAGCUUACAGUCAACAUCACUGCCGUCAUUCUCACGUUUGUUACUGCGGUUAGCAGCACUUCGGUCUUGACUGCUGUGCAGCUACUUUGGGUCAACCUGAUCAUGGACACGCUUGCUGCCCUCGCCCUCGCCACGGAUCCCCCUCAAGAUAGCGUGCUCGACAGGAAGCCCGAGAGACGUAAUUCGUCAAUCAUUACGACGACCAUGUGGAAGAUGAUUCUCGGACAGGCCGUCUACCAACUUGCGAUUACGUUUAUGCUUUUCUAUGGAAAGGAAGCUAUUGUCCCCGGUCCCGAGCACAUCCCUGAUGAGCAGAUCGCCACGCUGGUCUUCAACACCUUCGUGUGGAUGCAGAUCUUCAACCAGUGGAACAACCGUCGCUUGGACAAUAACUUUAACAUUUUUGAGGGACUCACGAAGAACUACUUCUUCAUCGCAAUCAGCGCUAUCAUGAUUGGUGGGCAGGUCCUCAUCGUAUUCGUCGGUGGCGCUGCUUUUCAGAUCGCCUCCGAGGGCCAGACCGGCACGCAAUGGGCCAUGGCCGUCAUUCUGGGCCUGAUUUCAAUUCCGGUCGGUGUGAUUGUCCGUCUCAUUCCUGACGCUCUCAUCGAGCGUCUUGUCCCUGACUACCUCAAACGCCGUGCCAAGGACACCGUCCCUGGUCUCACGGUGUCGGACGAGGAGCAGUUUGAGAUGUACCCGGCGCCACUUUCGGACGUCCGUGAUGAACUGGCGUUUAUUAAGCGUAUGAAGGGAGGCCGCCUGAAUAACCUCAAGUUUGCGGUACAGCACCCCCGGGAAACAUUCGCUCGCACGCGCAGCCCGUCACACUCGCGCAGCAACUCAGUCACGUCUCCAUCAACACCCACACGGGAGGAUAGCUUCGGCUCGAUCGCCGCGACUCCUGACUCUCGCAAGCGCUCCCGCAGCUCGCGCAGUCGGUCCAACUCGGCACUCGGCGCCCCAACUGUCAUGGCGGGCAUUGUGGCUGCCGGUAUCGCGGCCAAUUGGUCGCCGGCGGAUCGCAGACGUCGGGAUAGCGAAGACUCUGACAGCCACGCUAGGAGAGGGGUUUCCCGAGAAAACUCGAUACGCGAAGAACCGCGUGAGGAACGCACAGGCGAGAAGACGGCGCGGGAAUAA